AUGCCCCGUCCAAUUAUUCAUAAAACACCGGAGGCCAAAUUAGCAGCUGCACGUGAAAAGCGUAGUCGCUAUUAUGCUAGAAACAGAGACAGGAUUUUAAAGAGCCGGAGAGAGCUUCGUAGCUCUAACAGCAAGGAAUCACGGGCAGCUAGAAAGCUCUCAAGAGACAUAUCAAAGGCUGUUAAAAAAGCCUUGUGUCGUGAUGACGAAGAUGAGUCUGAGUCUGACACAGGCAGUAAGGAUUCCCAGGACUCGGACGAUGACGAUGACGAAAGUAAACUAUACGACCUUCCGGAAUGCUUACGCAUCAUUAAAGAAAUCAAGGAUGAAAUGUUGGUGAAGAUCAACGACCCCUGCAACUUUGCCCAUGGCAUCUUAUGUGCCUAUGCCAAGAGUAUGCUGGACGACUCCUUAACCAAAGCCGAUAUCUCCAUCAUUGAAACACCCAUGGCCGACAUCCAAAAACUACUCGAUCACACUAUUCCCGCGCAAGACCAGAUACUUAAUUUUUGUGGAGUCUCACCCGAAUGGCAUGCCGCAGACACUCUCAGUCGUUUCUUGAGGACUGUUCUUGCGUAUCUAGAGGACAUCCAAUUUCUCGCGCUUUAUGGUGGAACUCCUGAUCUCACACUUGCUCACUCUAUGGGGGAGUUAAUGUACCAGAAAGGCAUGAAGGUUUGA